AUAUAUUGUUCGAGACUAGGGUUUCUAGAGGCGGGAGGGACGAGCCGUCAGUUGAGUAAAGUUGGAGAGGAGAGGAGAGGAGGGAGCAAUGGCUGACAGGAAGAGCAAAGGGCGGAAGGAAGAGGUGGUCACCAGAGAGUACACUAUCAACCUCCAUAAACGCCUCCAUGGAUGCACGUUCAAGAAGAAGGCUCCUAAGGCGAUCAAGGAGAUUAGGAAAUUUGCCCAAAAGGCUAUGGGUACAACUGAUGUCAGGGUGGAUGUGAAGUUGAACAAGCACGUCUGGAGCCGUGGGAUACGCAGUGUGCCGAGGAGGGUUCGUGUUAGGGUUGCCCGCAAGAGGAACGACGAAGAGGAUGCCAAGGAGGAGUUUUACUCCUUGGUGACUGUUGCGGAGAUCCCACCUGAGGGGUUGAAGGGGCUGGGAACCAAGGUCAUCGACGAGGAAGAUUAAGUUUAGCCUGGCUCUGGUCCUUAAUUUUGUUACCUUACUCUACUUUGUUUUGAUGAAAAGGAAUUUUUGCAGUACAAAGAUGUUAUGCUGGAUCGAUCUGAGUUUCAUGCUACCCCAGUAUUAUUACUGUUGUGGAAGAGAACCAAUUGUUUUAUGCAUUUCGAGAAUCAGGUUAUGGUUUGGGAUUUAA